AUGAAAGGAGCAGAAAAAAUAAGAGAAGAAUUUUGUCCUUUCAGAGUAGAAAUUUCUAUAGACCCUCAGGCCGACAAGGGUCAAUUACUUGCUAUAACUGUGGAAAUAUUAGACACAUUGUUUCAAAUUGCCCCUUCUCAAAUGCAAGAACCUCUAGCAAGCCCAGAAGUCAGAAUUGAUUACACUUGGGCUGGACUUGUAGAGAAGGAUAUGUUGAAAGAUCAAAGGUCAGUUGUAGGAAGAAUGCAAGCAGUUAUGGGUUUAGAAGCUUUGCCAUCAGAGGUAGAUAUACUUGUAUCCUUUCUUGUUUGGCUAGAUUUAGCACAUUCUUUUUCAGGUUAUGUAGAUUUUCUUGUAGCAGUUUCGAGAGAGCAUUUGGAACAUCAUUUUUCAGAUCUAUCAAAGGAUUAUAGAGUCAAAAGAAUUUAUAAAGCAUUGAGGACAAGAACUGGGCCCAGGAAUGCUUAUAAUAGGACAGGAGAAGUAGUAGAUGUGGACUUGGAUAAAGAUGGAGGUGGUAAGUUUGAGAAUGAUUUAGAUGAAGACUCCCAGAAAGAGGAUAAUAGGAUUAGAGAGGAAUUUGUAGCAUGUUUUAGAGGAAAAAAGAAAGUAAAGUCAGUUCCUGUUGAUGUUUUUCUAACUGCUUUAAGUAGCAUUAAAAAAAAGAUGGAUAGGAAUUUCUCUGCAUUGUAUAGGGAGAUUGAAGAUGGAGAUAGACCAUAUGAACAGUAUGAAUACGAUUUUUUGGCAAAGAUUGGUAAAUAUUUGGAUAAGGCAAUCAGAGUGUUGCCAGAGUAUAAUAGAAAGGAAAUUGUUGGUGUGCAUGAGGAAGUUGAGUCAAGAGCUGUUACUCUGAGAUUAGCAGAUAACAAAGGAUGGGGUACUGCAUUGCAGAUUGUAGGAAGUAAUGAUAAGAUAAUGGAGAAGUACAAGGACCGUAUACUUUUAUUUAGCCAGGUAGGGCAAUCUUCAUGCUCAUAUGAAUGGGCUAUAGAAAAAAAGCUCAAAAGUAUUAGCACAAAAAAAAAAGAGCAUCACCUACUUCAUCUGAUUCAGGAAGAGAUUAUUACUCAUAGCAUUAGGAUUGGUAGUGCAACACAGCAAUAG